GCACCUAUUCUCGCGAGAUAGGAGACCAGGAAGACGCCUGCAGAGCCCGGCUGCUGGUGCAGCAGCGGCUGAGGCGGCAGGUGCUGCUGCAUCCGGACCUCCUACCUCUGCGUGUACGCCUGGCCUCCAGGUGGAGAGGAGGGACGCGGUCAGGCCGGGGCUGUAGAGGUGCGCUAAGCCUUCACUGCAGCUUAGGAGGGAUUCAGACUGCGGCCUGUCAGAGCCAGUCAGGGAGGCGCCCACACUCCUGACAGGAUAAGAUGGCGGCGAUGGCGCCUGGAGGUAGUGGCAGUGGUGGCGGCGGCGUGAAUCCAUUCCUUAGUGAUUCAGACGAGGACGAGGACGAGGUAGUGGCGACAGGGGAGCGGCGGGCAGUACUUCGGCUGGGUGCUGGAGGUGGCCUAGAUCCUGGCUCUGCGGGCUCCUUAUCGCCACAGGAUCCUGUGGCCGUAGGAAGCAGUGCACGGACGGGGCUCCCUGGGGAGGCGUCGGCUGGUGCGGUGGCUCUGGGGAGCGCUGGAGAGACCCCGGCCCGGUUGUCAAUUGAUGCCAUCGCGGCUCAGCUGUUGCGCGAUCAAUACUUGCUGACCGCCCUGGAGCUGCACACGGAGCUAUUAGAGAGCGGCCGCGAGCUGCCUCGGCUGCGCGACUACUUCUCCAAUCCAGGCAACUUCGAGAGGCAGAGUGGGACCCCGCCAGGAAUGGGUCCGCCAGGGGUCCCUGGAGCAGCCGGCAUUGGAGGCCUUGGAGGUCGGGAACCGAGUACGACGUCGGGCGGAGGACAGCUCAAUCGAGCUGGGAGCAUCAGUACCCUUGAUUCUUUAGACUUUGCAAGAUAUUCAGAUGAUGGUAACAGGGAAGCAGAUGAGAAAGUGGCAGUCCUGGAGUUUGAACUACGGAAAGCCAAGGAGACCAUUCAGGCCCUCCGAGCCAACCUGACAAAGGCUGCAGAACAUGAAGUUCCUUUACAGGAACGAAAAAAUUACAAAUCAAGUCCUGAAAUUCAGGAACCAAUCAAACCUCUUGAAAAGAGAGCUCUAAACUUCUUAGUCAAUGAAUUUUUAUUGAAGAAUAACUAUAAGCUUACAUCAAUAACCUUUUCAGAUGAAAAUGAUGAUCAGGAUUUUGAAUUAUGGGAUGAUGUAGGAUUAAACAUUCCAAAACCUCCGGACUUACUGCAACUCUACCGAGAUUUUGGAAAUCAUCAAGUAACUGGAAAAGAUCUUGUGGACGUGGCCAGUGGGGUAGAAGAAGAUGAAUUAGAGGCCCUUACACCAGUUUCAGGAACCCUUCCUCCAACCCUUGAAACUCUCCAGCCUGUAGAGAACUCUAUGUUAGUACAGAAAUUAGAAGAUAAAAUUACUUUAUUAAAUAGUGAGAAAUGGUCAUUGAUGGAGCAAAUCAGAAGACUUCAGAGUAGGAAAUUGUCUCCUGCUUUCCACCAAGCAUUACUCUCUUUUUGUCGAAUGUCAGCAGAUAGUCGUUUAGGAUCAGAGGUGUCUCGGAUUGCAGACAGUGAGAAAAGUGUUAUGUUAAUGCUGGGACGCUGCCUGCCACAUAUUGUUCCUAAUGUGCUAUUGGCAAAGAGAGAGGAGUUGAUCCCCCUCAUAUUGUGUACAGCAUGUCUACAUCCUGAGCCUAAAGAAAGAGAUCAACUUCUCCACAUACUUUUCAAUUUGAUCAAGAGGCCAGAUGACGAGCAAAGGCAAAUGAUUCUCACAGGUUGUGUGGCAUUUGCACGUCAUGUUGGACCAACACGUGUAGAAGCUGAACUUUUACCACAGUGUUGGGAACAGAUUAAUCACAAAUACCCAGAAAGAAGACUGCUUGUGGCAGAAUCCUGUGGAGCCUUGGCACCUUAUCUUCCUAAAGAAAUCCGUAGCUCCUUGGUUCUUUCAAUGUUGCAACAAAUGUUAAUGGAAGAUAAGGCAGAUUUGGUAAGAGAAGCUGUGAUCAAAAGCCUUGGUAUCAUUAUGGGAUACAUUGAUGAUCCAGACAAGUAUCAACAGGGUUUUGAAUUAUUAUUGUCAGCCUUGGGUGAUCCCUCUGAAAGAGUAGUUAGUGCUACCCAUCAAGUAUUUUUACCAGCUUAUGCUGCCUGGACUACAGAACUUGGAAAUUUACAGUCUCAUCUUAUUCCUACACUGCUGAACAAGAUUGAAAAACUUCUCAGGGAAGGAGAACAUGGGCUGGAUGAACACAAGCUCCACAUGUAUCUUUCUGCCUUACAGUCAUUGAUCCCAUCUCUCUUUGCAUUAGUGCUACAGAAUGCACCUUUCUCCAGCAAAGCCAAGCUUCAUGGUGAAGUGCCACAGAUAGAAGUAACUAGGUUUCCUCGGCCUAUGUCACCUCUUCAAGAUGUGUCUACUAUUAUUGGAAGUCGUGAGCAAUUGGCAGUGCUACUACAACUUUAUGACUACCAACUAGAACACGAGGGUACAACAGGCUGGGAGAGUUUACUAUGGGUUGUCAAUCAACUGUUGCCACAACUUAUAGAAAUAGUUGGCAAAAUUAAUGUUACUUCAACUGCCUGUGUCCAUGAAUUCUCCAGAUUUUUCUGGCGCCUUUGCCGGACAUUUGGCAAAAUUUUUACAAACACUAAGGUAAAACCUCAGUUCCAAGAGAUUUUAAGACUGUCUGAAGAAAAUAUUGAUUCUUCAGCAGGAAAUGGGGUUCUCACUAAAGCUACAGUCCCUAUUUAUGCAACAGGAGUUCUUACUUGUUAUAUUCAGGAAGAAGACCGAAAACUGCUAGUUGGAUUCUUAGAAGAUGUAAUGACCCUGCUCUCGUUAUCUCAUGCUCCUCUUGAUAGCCUGAAGGCUUCUUUUGUGGAACUGGGUGCAAAUCCAGCCUACCAUGAGUUGCUGUUAACGGUUUUGUGGUAUGGUGUUGUCCAUACUUCAGCACUCGUGAGGUGUACUGCUGCUAGAAUGUUUGAGCUGACUCUUCGAGGCAUGAGUGAAGCGUUAGUUGACAAGCGGGUUGCUCCGGCCCUUGUUACCUUGUCCAGUGAUCCUGAAUUCUCUGUCAGGAUUGCCACAAUUCCAGCCUUUGGCACUAUUAUGGAAACCGUAAUUCAAAGAGAGUUGCUAGAAAGAGUGAAAAUGCAGUUGGCUUCUUUUCUGGAAGAUCCUCAAUAUCAAGACCAGCAUUCUUUGCAUACAGAGAUCAUAAAAACAUUUGGUAGAGUUGGGCCUAAUGCAGAACCCAGGUUUCGAGAUGAGUUUGUUAUACCACAUUUGCAUAAAUUAGCCUUGGUGAACAACUUACAAAUUGUGGAUUCUAAAAGACUGGAUAUUGCUACCCAUCUUUUUGAAGCCUACAGUGCACUUUCCUGUUGUUUCAUUUCAGAGGAUUUAAUGCUUAAUCACUUUUUACCUGGUCUCAGAUGUUUACGGACUGACAUGGAACAUCUCUCUCCAGAGCAUGAGGUUAUUUUAAGUUCCAUGAUAAAAGAAUGUGAACAAAAAGUAGAAAACAAGACCGUCCAAGAGCCUCCAGGCUCAAUGUCAAUUGCUGCAAGCUUAGUGAGUGAAGAUACAAAGACCAAGUUUUUGAACAAAAUGGGCCAGUUGACAACGUCAGGUGCCAUGUUGGCCAAUGUGUUUCAGAGAAAGAAGUAGAAGCAGGAAGGAAGCCCCCAGUAAACACUAAAAUGGACCUCAAGCAGACUGGUUCCUUGUACUUGAAGUACUUGCCUUUUUUAUUUCCUCAGUUUUAUGUUCUUGCAUUAUAAUUUUAUCCUAACCUCCAAAGAUAUUUGCACUGCUUUUGAUUAUUGCUGUAUAUCUGUUGAUUUUGAAGUUACAACUCUGGUGAUAGAAAAUUGAGUUGAUAGUCUGUACCAAAUCCCCCGUCUAUGUUCUUGUGUUUCAGAAUAAUUUUUUAUAUAUAUAUACAGAUAUAUAUAUAUAGUGAAGAGGUGUUUUUUUUAAUUUUUCGAUGGGAUAUUAGCAAAUAUCUGUAUUAUACACUAAGCUAUUACAAUGGUACUUAAAAUAAUGUAAAUUUGAAGUCAUUGUUAUAAAGUAAUAAAAGUGGAGAUUACUUAAGUAUUUAAAUUAUGAAAGAAUAAUGCAGACUUUUUAUUGUUUCUUAACUGACUAGAAAGAGCCACCAGCAUUACUCUGUGCCUUUUGGACUUCAGUUUGUGUGUUCUGUAGGAAUUGUGUACAUUCCGUUCACACAGUAUUUCUUUAGAAUGCUGUGAUGAAUUUGAAUUACAAAUCCUAUAGUAAAUAGUUAAUGAUGAAACUUUCAACAUUUCAGAGCUCUCGUGAAUAUGCUUUAAGUGCUAUUUAAACCUCCCCAGCACUUGCAUGCCUAUAAUGGACAUACCUAAAGAAAGAUAGCACAUAAGCAUGGGGAGAGGUAACCAAGGUGAAUUUUAUGAACUGUUGUGUAGUAGAUAUAAACGCUCAAAAAUAAAUGUAACUCAGAAGAGCUAAAAAUUGUGAAAUUUUUCCCACGUUGAAAUACGGAAGAAAAUAUAGUUUAAAUCUAAAAUUUAACAUCUAUGUAAAACAUUUUCUUUAAGAUAUUUUCUAAUAAUUUUAAUUUUAGAGAUUAUCUUUUCAUUGUGUCUGUCACAAAGAAGUACUGAAAAGUUAAGGAUAUUUGGGGGCUGCUUUUUUCCCUCUAAACUAAAAAUGAUGCUUGCUAAAUUAUUGGUUAAUUACCACCUUGUCCCUUAAAGUUUGUGACUAUUCUUGUGUUUGAUAUGUAUUACAUGGAGUCUAAAGUCAGUCAGUGUACAGUUCCAAUGGAAUUUGACAGUUGUCUAUACAGUCAUGCAACUUGAAGUAGAAAAGAGUGCUGGGCUUAGAAAAGGGGUGAUUGGUUUGAAAGGUUAAUGUGAGGCCUUUUUGAAAAAUGAAUAUUUUGAUAAAGAUAAUUCUCAUUCGAGCACAGUUGGUGCACAUAGGCAGUUCUCAUGUAUGUUGUAUAAACUAGUUCAAUACACUUGGAACACAGUUGGAUUACACUGGCUCCCUGAAAAAGCUACCUUACCACACGUUAAAAUUUAUAAAAUAACUUGCCACAGAACAAGGCAUAUAAACAUUUCAUUCUGAAAUUAUUUCAUUUAUCUACAGUGAAAUAAUUGUUGACUGGUCUUUCUGAAAACUGGUGGAUUCUAGGCAUUCCUGAGAAAUUGAAAGUGGCUGCCUUUCAUGUCAAAAAAUAUUGAUCUAUUAUAAAUAAAAUGUUUUUGCAUA